GUGUUAACCGUUGACUAAUGUGACGAGUGCCAAGAAGUGGUCGCGUGUGACUGUCGCGCGAUAAUCGUAUCGAUGUCUCGUAUCCCGGAUAUUGUGAUAAGAUAACAUUGAUAAGAACCAAGAAUAUCAUAAUAAAAGUAGCUGCAAACUUUGGCCGUACACCAAUCCUGUUCUGCCAUGGUUGGCCUUUGGUUGCAAGUCGCUUUGGUCACUACUUGGGUCAUCCUUGUCGCUGCACAAGAUCUAGGCGACGGAGAGUUGAUAUAUCGAUGUCCCCAGUACUGGAUCAGGCACCAAGAGUCAUGCUAUAGAUUCAUAAAGAGUCCCUUGAGGGCUCGGGCAGAAGCUCGCAAGAACUGUCAGGCCUAUCAGAGUGACCUGGUUAGCGUUGAUUCUCUUGAGGAGCAUGGGUUCCUCAUGUAUCAGUUGCAAUGGCAGGAUCCGCAGCAUCGACGCUGGUACACAGGAAUCAGGCAGCAGGGUGGCUACUGGUCUAACGAACCAGAUGGAAGCCAGCUCGUGAAUAUGGAUAAUGCGUUCCUGCCCGAGCCCCUGGAUAAUGUGCAAGGGAAGGACUACUUGGUUUAUACAUUCAGUAAUGGCCUGAAAAGAUGGGGAUUCGAGAAGGUUACCGGGAAUGAGGAGCUUUUGUACAUAUGCGAAGCUUCUGUUGUCAGCAUGCACAAUUUAGUCCAGGACGACCGUACCUACCAGUACGGCAUUGAGAUUAACAAUCCCCUGAGAGUGCCACGCGGUCCUUACUUCAUUAAGCAACCGGUCGAUACCGUAUUUGACUUGUCCAAAAGAAAGUUAACCAACGACGUCACUCUAAGCUGCUUGGCUGGUGGAUUCCCAACACCUACUUACGAGUGGUUUAAAGAGAUCUAUGAGAAUGAUAGAUUGGUUGCUAAUAGGAUCAACCCUUUGGAAAACAGUCGAUACACUGUCAGCGGAGGAACUCUUAUUAUUUACGAACCUGAGCAGAAAGGAGAUCCUGGAUCCUAUCAUUGCAAGGCGAGCAAUGAAUUUGGCACAAUUGUGUCAGAAAGUGUAGUCCUUUCUUUUGGUUACAUAUUAGUGUUCAAUCUGCAACGUUCCCAAGAGAAGGGUGAUCAAAAUUGGGGAAAAGCAAUCUAUUGCGAUCCUCCUCAACAUUUUCCUGGUGUCAAAUAUUAUUGGACUCGUGAUUCCUUCCCCAACUUUGUUGAGGAGGAUAAGCGUGUAUUUGUUUCCAACGACGGUGCCCUUUACUUUUCUGCCUUGGAAUCGAUAGAUCAAGGAAAUUAUUCAUGUAAUGUACAAAGUGUCGCAUCAGAUACUGGGAGAAAUGGCCCUUUUUUCCCGCUCCGAGUCAAUCCUCACUCUACAUUUCAGCAGCUUACUUUCACCAACAACUUUCCCAAAGUCUUUCCUGAAGCUCCCGUAGCCGGGGAAGAAGUUCAGCUUGAAUGCAUCGCCUUUGGAUAUCCAGUUCCAUCUUACAAUUGGACACGCAGAGGUGCUGAUCUACCACGUGGUGCAGUUUAUUCCAACUAUAACCGUGUCCUAAUCAUUCCACGAGUCCAAGUAGAAGACCAAGGAGAGUAUGUUUGCAGAGCUUCAAACAACAGAGCCUCAAUAGAAAAUUCAGUUUUUUUAACCAUACAAGCUGCUCCAAACUUUACAAUUCCGCUGGUAGACAAACACAUGGAUAACAGGGGUGAUUUAACGUGGACCUGCGAAGCAUUUGGCAUUCCUGAUGUUGAUUACAAGUGGUUUAGGAAUGGUGAAAUACUAGAUAUGUAUACACUGCCACUUGAGGAUAGAGAUCGAUACACCAUACAAGACAAUGUACUUUCAAUAAGAAAUCUCAAUCCGGAGAGAGACCAGGCGAUGUAUCAAUGUCGAGCAAGAAAUCAGCUUCGAACAAAGUAUUCUUCAGGUCAAUUACGAGUCUUGUCACUGAAGCCAUCUUUCAAAAAGAGGCCUAUGGAGUCAGAAACAUACGCGGCAGACGGUGGGAAUGUUACGAUAGUGUGCAACCCUGAAGCUGCGCCACGACCAAAGUUUGUAUGGAAAAAAGAUGGGAAUGUUAUUGGUUCUGGGGGAAGGAGGCGUAUGCUUGAAAAUGGAAACCUGAUAAUAAGUCCAGUUUCACGCGAUGACGAGGGUAUGUACACCUGCAUAGCCUCGAAUGAGUAUGGAACAGACGAAACUCGGGGAAGAGUUAUUGUACUUCGUGGCCCGAGAUUUAUUGAGAGUCUGUAUCGCCGUACAAUUACUGCAGUGAUGCGGAACUUGACAUUAUACUGUCGCGCCGAGACUGAGGAAAUCUUAGAUGUUGCUUACAUAUGGACACACAACGGGCUACGAAUAAGAGACAAAGAUCUGAUAAAUAAUCCACGGCUACAGAUCGAUGCUGGGCUUCUUAAUUUAGUAAACGUGACUUUUGCCGAUGCCGGCGACUAUGAAUGUAUAAUCAAAAGUGCAGUUGGUAGGAUAUCGAGUAGGGCAAGCGUUAUUGUUGAAGGCCCACCAGGUCCGCCAGGAGGUGUACAGGUCAUAAGUGUCGUCAAAACUUCGGUGACCCUUCAGUGGACUGACGGAGCAUUUAAUGGCAGACCUAUCACUAUGUAUAGUGUUGGCGCAAGAACGAAUUGGAAUGAAACAUGGUUUCUACUAUCUGAAAACAUAACGGCUAUCGAAAUCGAUAGGUACAACGGGCGUAAAGAAGCAUAUCUUGAAAAUGUUCUCAACCCGCACACAACCUAUGAAUUUCGCGUUUCAGCGAUAAAUGACCUAGGUAUUGGCGAUCCGUCAAGUCCGUCGCCUCAGUACAGCACACCGUCCGCCAAGCCGGGAAUGGCGCCGAUUAACAUAGGUGGCGGUGGCGGUAAAAUCGGGGAUCUGACGAUAACCUGGACGCCAUUGAAAUCUUCGGAGCAAAACGGACCCGGGAUAUAUUACAAGAUUUAUUGGCGUCGAAAGUCCGAGGAAAUAGAAUUCCAGUCUCUUGCGCUCAAGGAAUACGGGAACACGAAUAUGGCGGUUGUGCACAUUCCUUCGGAAUAUUACUACACAGAGUACGAGGUGCAAGUUCAAGCUGCCAACGAUGUUGGUUUUGGACCGCUUUCCGAAAUCGUGACAAUAUUCAGUGCUGAAAAGAUGCCGCUGGUUGCUCCGCAACAGGUUUACGCGAGAAGUUACAACAGCACAAGUCUGAACGUCACCUGGUUGCCAAUCGAAGAAACGCGAGAACGAGUCCAUGGUAAAUUGAUAGGUCACAGGCUGAAGUACUGGAAAAAAGACAAUGCGGAGGAGGAUGCUGUGUAUUAUUUGUCGCGUUCGAAGCGUCCUUGGGCCCUUGUUGUUGGCUUGCAGCCUGACACCUACUAUUUCGUCAAAGUAAUGGUGUAUAACUCCGCUGGUGAAGGGCCAGAGAGCGAACGUUACCUGGAAAGAACUUAUCGCAAAGCGCCGCAAAAUCCUCCCUCAUCUGUCAACGUUUAUGGUGUCAAUCCGUCCACUGUUAAAGUAGUUUGGCGUUACGUUCAGCCAAGUUUGGCGGAAGAACCGUUAAUCGGAUACAAAAUCCGUGUGUGGGAAGUGGACCAAGAUAUGAGCACGGCCAAUGAUACAAUAGUUCCAGUUGGUUCGGCACUCGAGGAAUAUAUAACAACUCUUAGUCCUGGGAAAGCUUACCACUUGAGAGUGUUGGCGUUCAGCAAUGGAGGAGAUGGACGGAUGUCCAGUCCUGAGCAUACUUUUCAAAUGGGAGACCCAGAUACGUUUAGGAGCUCGGCAAGCAAAAAGAUUCUUAAUACUGGUCUUGGUGUGGCAUUGUUGCUCUUAUUAAGAUUAAUCAAUUACAUAUAGUAACUUUUUUUCUAAGAUCGCUCGAAACAGACUUGAACUUUGAGGCGUUACCAAUUUUUUACUUUCAUAAAAUAUAAUUGAUAAUUUAGAGGUUUCUCUGUAACCGUCCAUAGACAUCGUUAAUUGGCUAUCAAAUGUUGACGGUAGCUAUUGAAUGUAGACAAUAUCAAAAUGAAAAAGGUGAACAAAUGUUGAGAACGUCAUUGAAGUCAGAAGCUUUAAAUUAUUAUUAGGUAUCAUACGUGCAUAUAAACAAUAAUUGUCACUUUUCAAUCUGUUACAAAAGUGUGACGAGGUGAUUCUCCAUUGAUGCUUCGACUACAACUUACAGAUCUGACUCUUGAUUGUUGAAAAGUAUACCGUAAAGAUAUCUUGAAUCGAGCCUUCCAAGACAUCCCGAGAUUGGUCUAAUUUUCACGAUACGUUUUACGAGUAUAUCGAGAAGGUCUCGUGUUAACACCCGAAGAGACUUGAUGCCUUGCAUUAACGUGCAUGAACCGGUGUCAGUGGUCUCCGCUCGAGUGUGAGGGGUCCGUUUCACGGCCUCUUCACGGCCUUGGUACACAUUCACAUAUAUAAUACCCAUGUACAAUAAAUACGUAUAUAUAUAAGCAGUGUUGAACGUUUACAACAUAGUUUUAUCCAAGACAAUUAUCUUGUAUGCAUUAUUAAUCUCAUACAUUUUGUAGAGAUCGUGUAAGAACAGUUAGCUGUGGUCCUCCCGAAAGUUACAAUUAUCUCUUUUUUCAGUAAAUUAUACAGAUAUCAUCAUGUGUCCAUUAUAAUUGUAGGUAAUAUAUAGAUUUUCAUUUAAAUUCUUAGUCGUGACUUUCAGCACAUUCCUCAAGUUUUAUUGGGAGUUGUUCCAACACUGCUUACAAGUAUAUGUAACAGCGAUCACUGGCCUACCGAUAUUUGGCAGUGAUUCGCUACUGCGAAUCUCGAUUAAUUAUAAGGAUUUCAAAAUAUUUCAAGAUAUUUUAAUAGUUUCAUUUUGAUAUUAUAUUAUGACAGCUAAAUUAUUUUAAAAAAGAAACAGUGAUUUGUUGCUAACAUCUCUCUAUUUUCCAAUUGAUUAUCUUGUAAAUAUGUAUUCAAACGACUGUACUUGGCCGCUGCUAAGCCCCUCUCCCUCCCUCUCCCUCCAUCGCCCCACCCGCCCCUCCGCCCUUUACUUGUAGUUAUUAUUUUCAUCAACAAUUCAGUUUAUGCUGAGCGGUAACAAUUUCCGUCCAUACGAGUUUAUACAACUAUAAAUAUACGUACCUAAUUAUACAUAUUGAAAUAUAGAAUGCGACAAGAUAUUUUUAACUAACUUAAUACAUAUUAAUUAUCUAAUUAUUUUGGGUUUACCCUUGAAUUUAAAUUUAUUUAAAGUAAAUUACUACAAUUUAUUAGCAUGUAGAAUUUAGUUUGUAACAUUUUUGUACUGCUGGGAAAAUUGAUCCAGGCAAAUAAAUUUUUAAUAUCACGGCA